UGGACCGCGGAGCUGCUGUACCUCCCGACAGAUCUCGGGCUGCGGGAGCCGCGUCUCCAGGCACCGGGAAAUCAGGGAGGGCAGGAGAGCGCGCCCGGCCCGGCCCCAGCCGCGUCCGCCCCGGCUCCGCUCCUCUCCUCUCCCGCUCCAUGGCUCCGCGGCCGCCGCCGCCCACGCCGCCCUCCACUUCGGAGGGGCCUCGGGGCAGCGGGUACGAACACUCGGUCAAGGACUAAACUGCACAGCCGACUCCUCGCCGGCCCUUCUCCAUCCCCUACCGAGAGCAGAGGCGCGGGAGAAAGCAGGAAGGAAGGAAGAGCGAGAAGAAACGAGUGGGAAGUCGGGGCUCUGGUCGCCGCGGGACAGUCCAGCCGGGAGGAGGCUGCGCCCGGGGCGGCGUCGCUGGGUUGCACGGAGCUCCGGGGCUGCGGCUGCGGAGAGGCGUUCCGGUGCUUCAGGCCGGCCCCGCGCACCUGCCCGCGGCCCGCGGCCCAGACUCUCCUGGCCCUCGGUAACCCCUUCCCCCAAAGCCACCGCUGCAGCCGGAGCGGGGCUCCGCGGGCCUGGAGCACGUCCGGGUCUAAUAUGCCCGGAGCCGAGGCGCGAUGAAGGAGAAGUCCAAGAAUGCAGCCAAGACCAGGAGGGAGAAGGAAAAUGGCGAGUUUUAUGAGUUGGCCAAGCUGCUCCCGCUGCCAUCGGCCAUCACCUCGCAGCUGGACAAGGCGUCCAUCAUUCGACUCACCACGAGCUACCUGAAAAUGCGCGCCGUUUUCCCCGAAGGUUUAGGAGACGCGUGGGGACAGCCGAGCCGCGCCGGGCCCCUGGACAGCGUCGCCAAAGAGCUGGGGUCGCACUUGCUGCAGACUUUGGAUGGAUUUGUUUUUGUGGUAGCAUCUGAUGGCAAAAUCAUGUAUAUAUCGGAAACAGCCUCUGUACAUUUAGGCUUGUCCCAGGUGGAACUCACAGGGAACAGUAUUUACGAGUACAUCCAUCCUUCCGAUCACGACGAGAUGACGGCUGUCCUUGCAGCCCACCAGCCUCUUCACCAUCACCUGCUCCAAGAGUAUGAGAUAGAGAGGUCAUUCUUUCUUCGAAUGAAGUGUGUCUUGGCGAAAAGAAACGCGGGCCUGACGUGCAGCGGAUACAAGGUCAUCCACUGCAGUGGCUACUUGAAAAUCAGGCAGUACAUGCUGGACAUGUCCCUGUAUGACUCGUGUUACCAGAUCGUGGGGCUGGUGGCCGUGGGCCAGUCCCUGCCACCCAGCGCCAUCACCGAGAUCAAGCUGCACAGUAACAUGUUCAUGUUUAGGGCCAGCCUUGACCUGAAGCUAAUAUUCCUGGAUUCCAGGGUGACAGAGCUGACCGGGUACGAGCCGCAGGACCUGAUUGAGAAGACCCUCUACCAUCACGUGCACGGCUGCGACGUAUUCCACCUCCGCUAUGCUCACCACCUCUUGCUGGUGAAGGGCCAGGUCACCACCAAGUACUACCGGCUGCUGUCCAAGCUGGGCGGCUGGGUGUGGGUGCAGAGUUACGCCACCGUCGUGCACAACAGCCGCUCAUCACGGCCCCACUGCAUCGUGAGUGUCAAUUAUGUCCUCACGGAUAUUGAGUACAAGGAACUGCAGCUGUCCCUGGACCAGCUGUCCACGUCCAAGUCCCAGGACUCCUGGAGGACUGCCUUGUCUACCUCACAAGAAACUAGAAAAUUAGCUAAACCCAAAAACACGAAGAUGAAGACGAAGCUGAGAACAAACCCUUACCCCCCACAGCAAUACAGCUCGUUCCAAAUGGACAAACUGGAAUGCGGCCAGCUCGGAAACUGGAGAGCCAGCCCUCCGGCCAGCGCUCCGGCUGCCCCAGAACAGCAGCUCCAUUCAGAAGGCGGCGACUUUCUGUACGCCCCGUCCUACAGCGUGCCCUUCUCCUACCAUUAUGGACACUUCCCUUUAGACUCUCACGUCUUCAGCAGCAAAAAGCCGGUGUUGCCAGCCAAAUUUGGGCAGCCCCAAGGAUCCCCGUGUGAGGUGGCACGCUUUUUCCUGAGCACGCUGCCAACCAGCGGCGAGUGCCAGUGGCAUUACGCCAACCCCUUAAUGCCUAGCAGCCCGUCUCCAGCUAAAAACCUUUCUGAGCCGCCGGUGAACACUGCUCGGCACAGCCUCCUGCCAAACUAUGAAGCGCCCGCCGCCGCGCGCAGGUUCGGCGAGGACACCGCGCCGCCGCCGCCGCCACCGCCUCCGAGCUUCCCGAGCUGCGGCCACUACCGCGAGGAGCCCGCGCUGGGCCCGGCCAAGGCCGCCCGCCAGGCCGCCCGGGACGGGGCGCGGCUGGCACUGGCCCGUGCGGCGCCCGAGUGCUGCGCGCCCACGGCCCCCGAGCCCCCGGGCGCGCCGGCGCAGCUGCCCUUCGUGCUGCUCAACUACCACCGCGUGCUGGCCCGUCGCGGGCCGCUGGGGGGCGCUGCGCCCGCCGCGCCCGCCCUCGCCUGCGGCCCCGGCGCCCCCGAGGCGGCGGCCGGCGCGCUGCGGCCCCGACCCCCGGGCCCCGCCGCCGCCUCGCCGCCCGGCGCGCCCCUGCCGCACUACCUGGGCGCCUCGGUCAUCAUCACCAACGGCAGGUGACCCGGCCGGGCCGGACCGAGGGGUCCUGGGGCCGCCCGCAGCGAGAAGCCAUAGGCUAGGCCUCUUUGGCUCCUGUUUCACAAAGUCCAGCCGAGUUCAGAGGGGCGAGCUGUAUAUGCACGAUUUAAAUUAAUUUAUACAGAGACAACUAUUUUAAUAGAACUCCGCAGCCGACUUUUAGAUUUUUACCGUAGGUGCCAGAAGGGCUGGUGUAGAGGACGGAGACCCACCUGACGUGGGGGAAAAAGGACCGCCAAACUUUUGUUCUCCAAGAGCCGGGUUUUCCGAAAGGGCAGAUCUGGGCGUCCCUGUCGUCCCACGAGUGACCUCAAACAACCCCGUUUGGGGGCACGUGGUUUCCUCACCUUGAAAUCAGGUUUGCAUGCCUUGCCUUGUCCCUGAUGCUCACCAGUCCCCCCGGGGGAUAGAGGAGUUUCCGCUCCACGCGCGCCCUCCCCUGUAAGGACACCCCACCCUGAUGUGGUCAGAUAUGCCAGGCGGGGCAGACCGCCGGUAUUCACAGCCUUUCAGAUUCUUAAGUCCAGGCAAAUUGUGAUUGUUUAAGUCCCACGAGUAGAAACGAUUCUACUGUCCUUUAAAAGUCAUUCGUGAGUCUCAUUAAAGGUUGUUUUAAUUUAACCCUUUCUUCGAUACGAAAACCAACAAGCCCAGAUCAAGGGGGCGAGCACGGGUGUGCUUCGUAAAUCCAUUCACAAGCUCUUCCUUCCUCCUAACGCCUAUGAACUCUUGAUAACACCAAGAAUAGCACCUUCAGAAUAUAUUGAAUAAGCAUUAAAUGCAAAAAAUAUAUAUAGCGAGAUAUUUUAUGAGGACAUGUGGAUGACUGAGGUGCGCGAUGCUAUUGGCUGCCCCUGUCAACUGGUUCCAAGGCAGAAUCCCUCUGGCCACACACACCUGGAAUUCCCUAGGCUCGUGUUUGCUACAAGCAGUGCUAAUAGUUAAAUUGCAUGUGCAAUAUGGAAAAUUGUCAAUGCGCCUCGUGGAAGAAAAUGUGCUAAAGGGAUGUAGUGAAAAUGAUAUAUACGUUGUUUUAAGCGUUUUCUGCAUUUAUACAUAGCAAGACAACUCCAUAUGAACACAUCAUGUGUGUAACCGGUAAACAGAAAUCUUUUAUAAAGCACCAGCGGUGUUUUAUAAAUACACUUCCAUUAAUUUUUUAUUUUUAUAUUUUCGCUUCAAGAUUUCACCAUUUAAAAAUCACAUCAUGGCUCUGAAGUGGAUCGAUGCUUUGAACCUUCGUCUUCCAAUUUGCUCCACACUCUAAACACUCCAUUUUGCUGAUGUUUCAAAACGGUUUACUUUUAGGAAACUCCACUUUUUUGAGUGGAAAGGUUUUCCACAAAUGCCUUUAACUCAUUGUUCUAGAAUCAAAGUGCACCUUCAUCGAUUGUUCGCCAAAAUGUGAAAUGAUCUGUUGCCAAGCCAGUGUCACUAUGAGGACUUGCCUUGUUCACCUAGCAGGGUGUCAGUUAUCUUAUGGUAGGAGGUGAAAUUUGCAAAUUUAGGAGCAGGUGUCACGCAGCCGAGGGCUGGGUCAUAAGAAUGGAAGGCACACACCUCUUACUGCGCUCAGCUCUGCCUCCGUUGUGAGUGGCGUGAGUGUGUCCACAUAAAAUAAGCCUGAGGUACUGGUAUUACUUUUUAUGCUCACGAGUCUCGUAGUUAAACCAUGAUUCCUGGAAGGUGCAGGUGUGAUGGGCAAGAGGUACCACCUGACAUGUUUCAAUAAAGUACCGCAAAAUGCCUUUGUGUCUACCUUGUUAUUAACCAUUGGGGGCCGGAUUUAGCAAACACAAACCACGAAGGCUUUCUGAGCAGUUUAAGAUCAAAGGUUACUGUGAAGAAAGACAGUUAAAGAUUUACGAAUGAUAACGUAAAUAGGCUUAACAAUGAGUGUGUAUGUACUUGAAAAAUGUGUGCUAGGGAAAACUUACUUGUCUAAGCAAACAUCACAGUUUUCAUAGCCUAGAACGUGCAGGAAGGUUCCCAAGCAAGCUGGCUUUGAGGCGGUCAGCAGCUCAGUGCAAAGUUAACAGAGCAGUUAGUUACUAUGGCAACCUAAUAUUGUUACCUCCAUCUUUAAGACUGCACAAUUUAAGGGGGGGUAUUGCUUCUUGACUUCUAUUGAGGAUCUGGCAGGGGAAGAGGAAGCAUUUUAAUUAAUAUGCCUUUCACACAUACACACACACACACACACACACACACACACACACACACAAAUGAAAAACAUUAUAGUGGGUCCUAACAUGUUGACAAAAAUGCCAGAUAGAAUGGGUUUGAGAAAUAAGCCCAGUUCAAGACGGGCUGGGGCCUCCAUGGGGCCUCCCAGGGAAAGGAAUUCCUUUAUGUUCAUGGAAGCCCUUUCUAGAAAAGCCAUUCCAUUCAUACCUUUGUAGAGAAGUGAACAGGGUAUGGAGAAGGGCUGCUCUGAGGAAAUCUGCAAGAGCCUGUAUUUUCUGCCCUCCCCCUCCCCCUUUUGUCCUUUUAAAGUCCUGUGGGCCAUGUCUUCCUCCCUGGGACCCUAAGAGGGGGCGGGGUUUAUAUGGUCAAUGAAUCCUGCAUAAAGUUUAUCCGAACUUGUCAUUUAUUGUAACUGUAAGACAGUUAAGGUAGACUGUAGGAGCUGCUACAGAUAAAGAUGGAACAAAAAGAACAUUUUCAAAUAAACGCCAGAAAAUUACAGUAGCUUAAAAUUUUAGUCAAUCGUAGCCCUUCGGUUAUCUAAAUUGCAUUACUCAAGCUGUUCCUAAACUUAAAUAUGAUAUAUAAGGUUAAAAAUCUUAAA